AUGAACCGCCGCCGGAGUCAAGCUCCGGACUCCCCCUCCCACACGGUGCCUCGUAUCAACGUCGAUCAAAAGUUCACUGCGCCGGAUCCGGGUCAACCGCCCUACCCCGAAGGCGGUGAGAACAUUGACCCGCGUCGUCUGUUCGCCGACCUUUUCUGGGGAGACCCCCGCCGCUUCUUAGACUCGCUCCCACCGAUCUCGUCUAGGCCUCGCAGCUCUGGUAGCGUUAGUAGCUCCGGAAGCUCUGGCAGCUUCCACACGCGACCGACCGCGGAAGCCCUGCGGGCCCUAAACGCCGUGAGCGGCGCUGGAGACCGCGGCAACGGCCCGAAAUCUUCGAACCUCCCUCGACCAGGGCCGCCGCCGCCCGAAGUCCCGCGUCUGCCGCCAAGCCCCCCUUCCUCUGACACCACGCCCCCGCAGCCGCAGGACCCAAUGCGCCCGCCGCCGCCGCCGCUGUCGCCGCCGCCUCCGCCCCAUGAUCCCAGUGACGACGACUAUCCCAUGUCCAGCUCCAGCACCUCCUCUGACACCCCGGCCGCUGCUCCGCCAGGCUUCCUCCACUGCCCGGGCUACGCCGCGCACGCCAUCAAGCCGCGAGCCCCGUUCAGUGUGCCCUCUCGCCGCGAAGAGUUCGUCGACGCCCUCGCUGAGCUCGAGACGGAACGCAAGGGCGUCAAGAUCAAAGGCGUCGGCAAGCUCGCCCGGCCGCUGCUCAACAAGUCGCACUCGCCCAAGCUGCUCGCCCACUUCCUCGACCGCGCCGAGCGCCAGCUGCUGGUCCCCAUCACCGCCGCCCCCGUCCCUGCCCCCGCCCCCGCGCCGCGGGUCCUCGCCCAGCUCGAGAGCGAGCUCUUCGACACGGCCAAAUACGUCGGCGGCAGCGCCGCGCGCAACCUCACCGUGCUGACCUGGUCCGAGGACAGCCCGUACGGGAGCAUCACGCUGUUCGAGGUGGACGUGGACGUGGAGGCGCGCGGCGGCGCCCGGGCGGCGGCGGCAGAGCGGGUCGCGCGCAUCCGCCCCGUGGCCGCGAUGGAGGACGUGCCGCGGCAGAUCCUGGUGCGGAUGCGCGUGGACGCGGGGCUGAAGAAGGACGUGCUGUGGCACUCACCGGCCAGCGGCCGGUUCUGCUGGUCCGCGCUGGCGGCUGCGCGGCGCGGCGGGCGGCCGAGGUAUGCGCGGGUCAUGCUGGUCGAGAGGGUGUUGCGGAUGGUGGAGCACGCGGUGCCGGGGGGUCGAGACUCGGGUCGUCGUGGCGACGAUGGCGGGAGGCCGGGGAGGGCGAGGAGGGGGAGGAGGGCUCAGGAUGGGGCUGCUGCGCGACGCAGGGAGAGGAGCGCGCUGAGGGCGGCCGGGGCGCCAGCCGUCGCGGGUCGUCGCGUCAGGAUCGCGCAGAGGGUGGCCAAGGAUUAUGUCCACGUGUCGGACGGGGUGGUUGCCACGAUUCCGCAGUUCCUGGCUCUCCUCCACGCCAGCCGGUCGGUGCUUGAGACGGCGUCUUCUGGCUCUGUCGAUCUAUCCUUGACAACCGAUGGGGAGAGUGUCCGGUCCGUGACGCUGGGCUCCCCGCUCACAGGGCCGCGUCCCCGGGGCCGGGACGUGCAUGUUGCGGUCCUUGUGCCCGACGGUGCUGAGUGGGCCGAUGAGCGCAUCUUCUGGGCCGACGACGGCGGCGCACUCGCCGAGCUGCGCCAAAAGAAGUAUCGGGAUGUGAUAGGCGGCACUAUACCGCGGAAUGGCCCGGGAAGACAUCCUGGCAAUGAUCCGGAUGCGAGGAGUGUGAGCCCGGUUGGUUCGAGGAGGAGUCGUUCACGGACUCCAGAGACAGUGUGGUGA